AUGAACUACAGUAACCAGAAACUCUGGUACCAUCAGAAAGUAAUGUUGCAGGUGUUUUUUUAUAACUUGAUAUCAUUUGCUUCAUCGUUGCUUGCAUUCCUUUUUUUGAUGACAAAUCCAUGGAUGUGCAUAAUGAUAUGAAGAAAUACAUGAAAAGAUGCCCACGCACAGUGGCGUUUUAGAUUUAACACAUACUUGCAUACUUGUUUUGUUGUAAAUUUGAUAGUAUCUAUAAUUUAUAAAUAAUGUCUUUAAAAUAAUAAUAUUAUCCAUAAAACAAAUUUUUUCUCAGUCAACCAAAAGGGAUAAGGAUGCAAUAAAUGAGGAUAGCAGCAGCGAUGAAGAUGAAGAUCCCGACAACAUGGGUGUACCUGGUAGGUAAUUUGAUUUCUAAAUACAAAGAACUAUCAUAUCUAAUGCAUAAUCAUUUUCAUCAGGUGGUGGAAAAGACCUUGCCACUGCCACAGGGAUUGCAAACAUCAAGGACGAAAAGCCUGCAGAUGCUCCAUCUAAUGCUAUGGCUAAAGGGCAGGGAGGUUUAAACAUGAUGAAUCAGAAGAUUGGAAACAAAAUUCCUGGUGGAUUAGUGACUAAGACAGCGGCACCAGGUUAUGAAAUGGUACGUGUAGGAGGAUCACAGGGUACGCCACCUGGUUUUGUUAAUGCAAACCAUUUAGGACAAUUAGGCCAAUUGGCUGCUGCCGGUGGACCAUAUUUUCCACCAGGUUUGGCAACGCUUGCAGGUUUCAAUCCUGCGGCCUUCUUUCCACCAAGUAUGGAUAUGAGCUUAAUGAGUGGUUUUAUGGGCAUGCCAGGAAUGAAUAUGGGAGUCAAUCCAUUGGUUCAGUUGUUAAACCAAAAUGGUUUAAAUCCAAACUGGCCAGCUGGUCUAUCAGGCAAAGCUAUGUCUCAAUUAUGGAUGAAUGCUGGAGAUCCUGCGAAGAUGAAUAUGCAGCCAAAUAUACCAGAAGAGGAAGAAGUGGAUGACGAUGAUAUGGGUGUCGCAGAAACGUACGCCGAUUACAUGCCGACCAAACUUAAACUCGGUCGAAAACAUCCGGAUCCAGUCGUGGAAACCGCAUCGUUGUCUAGCGUCGAGCCAACGGACGUUUGGUACAAGGUUUCGAUACCAGAAGAAACGAUACGAACUGGAGCUUUAUCCGCUCUGCAACUUGAGUCAAUAACGUACGCGUCUCAACAACAUGAACACCUCUUGCCGGACGGUACACGCGCUGGUUUCCUUAUCGGCGAUGGUGCAGGAGUCGGUAAAGGACGAACCAUAGCCGGAAUUAUAUUCGAGAAUUACUUGAAAGGAAGGAAACGCGCUAUCUGGGUCUCCGUAUCCAAUGAUCUCAAGUACGACGCAGAGCGCGAUUUGAACGAUAUUGGCGCGUCGAAAAUCGAGGUUCAUGCGUUGAAUAAAUUCAAGUACGCGAAGAUCUCGUCGGCGCAAAACGGCAACGUGAAGAAAGGGGUAAUAUUCAGUACGUAUUCAGCUCUAAUCGGAGAAUCCUCUCAGAGCGGUGGAAAAUACAAGAGUCGGUUGAAGCAGCUUUUGCAGUGGUGCGGCGAGGAUUUCGAUGGAUUGAUCAUAUUCGACGAGUGUCAUCGGGCGAAGAAUUUGUGCCCUACAGGAAGCUCAAAGCCUACCAAAACUGGUUUGACGGUGUUGGAGUUGCAGAACAAGCUUCCCAAAGCUAGAGUAGUUUACGCCAGUGCCACGGGUGCGUCCGAGCCACGUAACAUGGCGUAUAUGGUCCGAUUAGGCAUGUGGGGCGAAGGAACGCCAUUCCCCGAAUUCAACGACUUCAUCACCGCCGUGGAGAAGCGGGGAGUCGGCGCAAUGGAGAUCGUAGCGAUGGACAUGAAGCUACGAGGCAUGUACAUCGCGCGGCAGCUGAGUUUUCACGGCGUAGCUUUCAAAAUAGAGGAAGUACCGUUAUCCAAAGAAUUCACCGAGAUCUACGACUGUUCCGUGCAACUCUGGGUCGAGGCAAUGCAAAGGUUUCAAGAGGCGGCGGAGUUGUUGGACGCCGAGAAUCGUAUGAAGAAAACCAUGUGGGGGCAAUUCUGGUCGUCUCAUCAACGUUUCUUCAAGUACCUGUGCAUCGCGGCUAAGGUGAAACACGCCGUGGCAGUGGCACGGGAGGCCGUGAAGUGCGGGAAAUGCGUGGUCAUCGGUCUGCAAUCAACCGGCGAGGCACGCACGUUAGAACAGUUGGAACGCGACGACGGUGAAUUGAGCGAUUUCGUUUCCACUGCGAAAGGAGUGCUUCAGACGUUGGUCGAGAAACACUUUCCAGCGUCGGAUCGCAAUCACAUACACCGGGUUCUCGGCAUCGAGCCGUCGAAGAUGCAGAGACUAGAGGAUCUCGACGACAUCGACGGUGCUGGUGGUUCUGCGAGCGGAAGCAAGAGAAAACCGAUACGACAGGCGGCUCAACGGGCCUCGAAGAGAGUUCGUACGUUUCCGUCUGACGACGAUUUCACCGACGACGAGAGGAACGGUGGGCAUAGUUCCGGCUCGGAAUACAAACAGAGCGGUAGCGAGAGCGAGGAUGACCACAGGACCGACGAGGAGAGUAACAUCACUUCUGAUUCUUCUUACAAUUACAACAGUGAAUCAGACUCUGAUUGUGCAGGACCCAUGGGUGCUGGAGCAACGCGUAAUCGUGCGCCAUCGAGAGAUGCCAUAGAGCGUGCUUAUACCAUGAAGAAGGAAUUGUUAUCACAAAUCGAGGAUUUGGGUGAACGAUUGCCGCCGAAUACAUUGGAUCAAUUGAUCGACGAGUUUGGCGGGCCGGAAAAUGUGGCUGAGAUGACCGGUAGAAAAGGGCGAGUUGUUCAAACGGAAGAUGGUACUAUUCAGUAUGAAUCGAGAUCCGAGGUGGACGUACCAUUAGAAACGCUUAAUUUGACCGAAAAACAGAGGUUUAUGGAUGGUGAGAAAACGGUGGCCAUUAUCUCGGAAGCAGCCAGCAGUGGUAUAUCACUGCAAAGUGAUAGACGAGCGAGGAACCAGAUGCGAAGAGUGCACAUCACUCUGGAAUUACCGUGGAGCGCGGACAGAGCGAUACAGCAGUUCGGACGGACGCACCGUUCCAAUCAAGUGAAUGCCCCGGAGUACAUAUUUCUCAUCUCAGAUUUGGCUGGCGAACGACGAUUCGCGUCCAUCGUUGCGAAACGUUUGGAGAGUCUUGGAGCUCUGACGCACGGUGAUCGAAGGGCCACAGAAACCAGAGAUUUUUCCCAGUUCAAUAUCGAUAACAAAUACGGACGUGCAGCGCUCGAGGCGACAAUGAGAACUAUAAUGAAGUACGAACCUCCGCUCGUACCACCGCCGCAGGAUUAUCACGGAGACUUCUUCAAGGAUGUGGCUGACGCACUGGUUGGCGUUGGUUUGAUCUGCAACAGCGAGAGCACGCCCGGCUUGCUCACGUUGGACAAAGACUACAACAACAUGUCGAAGUUCUUGAAUCGUAUUCUCGGUAUGCCGGUCGAUCUACAGAAUCGGCUGUUCAAAUACUUCACCGACACCUUGACAGCGAUUGUCACGCAAGCGAAGAAGACCGGCCGUUUCGACAUGGGUAUCCUCGAUCUCGGCACAUCCGGCGAGAAUGUGAAGAGAGUUAGAUUGUAUCGUUUUCUGCGAAAGCACGCCACCGGCAAGGCGCCCACCGAGCUUCACGUUGUCCACGUUGAACGUGGAAUGAAUUGGGCAGAAGCAAUGGACAAGUGCUCCGAAUUGACGGGGUCGAAAGAAGGAUUCUACUUGAGCCAUCAGAUCCGCAAUGGGAAACAAACCGCGAUUCUUGCUGUUGUAGUAGAUACCGGCAAGAAGAAAUCCGAGAGUAAAAAGGAUCAGCUGUACAUGGUUUACAGACCCAAUACAGGCUUACAAUUGAGACAAGAGUCUCUAGGUGAAUUAGAGAAAAAGUAUAAGAAGGUGUCUUCGGACGAAGCGGAGCCACACUGGUCUCAGCAGUACGAAGCGUCUGUAGAUACGUGUUCGCACGCUUACUGGCGCGGCAAUUGUAAAAACGCGACUCUUGGUAUGGAUUGUGAGGUUGGACUCCGAAGGCGUUCCUACAACGUAUUGUCAGGCUCGGUACUGAGCGUUUGGAGCCGAGUCGAAAGCAUUCUUGCCACUCGUUCCGCACACAACUCCAAGAUGCAAGUCGUACGCUUACGAACUGAUGAAGGUUUAAAAAUAGUCGGUACCCUUAUUCCAAAGUCCUGUAUGGAGAUAUUACGUCAAGAAUUGUCAUCAGAUGCCGAGAACACCGAGGAAGUUACAUUUUGAACAAUUCGUUAAUUCGCUUUUAUAGGACCAAAAGAAGCGAUUGAUGUGAAUAUAGCGUGGACAAAUCCCUCUUCUUAAGUCUUACGACGAAAUUCAGUGAAGAGGAGGGUGCACUUGCGAAUAUAUAUAGCAAAGGCGUGAAUUAAUUAAGUCAGUUGAUAAGGAUGUACCAGGUAUAUACGGAAAUUGGAAUCCACAAGCCCCUGGUUUGGCAACGACGAGUGAAACGAACCUUCUCGUUAAGUUUCUCGACGUCGUUUACGUCAGACGUUUCAACGACGGUAUACGCUUUGCUCGCCUGUUGUUGCAUCUCGGAGAAUUAUUAAGUAGCUAGAGUAUUUCUGUUUCUUCUUUCUUAAUUUUAGUCGUAGAUUGCACUCGCGUUUAGUCGGGCGUUUCGUGGGAACGAGUAUCUUUUUCUACUUUCCAUUCGUCUUCUUUUCACGUUGUUGGAUAAAAAAAAAAAAUUAUAUAUGUAUAUCUCUCAAAUCCACAAUAGUUGCAUACAAAGUACAUUUGCCGUUAGCUCCUUUUAUGGCAAACAUAUUACAUUAUUUUGUAAAAUACGUUGGUGCACAUAGAGCGAUGAUUUCUUUCUCUCUCUCUCUCU